GUUCAGUGUUAAACUCUCUGAAAUAAAAACAAAAACCGAAAGACUUGAAGUGUCAGUGCCAGAUUUCUGUGCAAGAGAAGCAACACAAGUUUCAGUCUUUCUUUUGGGUGUGAAACUGACUCAGAAGAAGCCCUGAGAAAAAUAGGAAAUGGGCAGGGGAGAAGGGCCCCACCUCGGCCACACUUUCAGAGCUGUGACAGAAGGGCACUGCUAGCAGCCGACUUCACCUACCACAAGCAAAUCAUCAUUCCUCCUGCUUGCCAACUCUGUAUUCUGAACUGGAACGUGUACGGACAACUCUACUUAGGCCACCUGUCUCCUUCACCGAAUGAACACCAGCAACGUGACACAAUGCCAGCCAGAGGGGAUCCACUUUGCCCUCCCAGUAAUUUUGGGCAUCGUCUCAGUGGGCGGGUUGGUCUUCAACAGCAUCAGCCUCUGGAUCUUCUGGUUUGCCAUCAAGCGCUGGAAUUCUGGCAUCAUGCUUCAGUUCAACCUGGCCUUGGUAGACAUCAUUGUCCUUCCGGUCAUGCCAUUGAUGGUGGCCUAUUUCAGCUUGGGAAACCACUGGCCCUUUAGGCAGUUUGUCUGCCAGCUUCAAGUUUUCCUGCUCAGCACCCACCUGUAUGGAAGCAUCUUCUUCCUCAUGCUCAUCAGCAUCCACAGGUACCAAGCCAUUGUCCACUACAACGCCAAGACCCUCUGGAGGAAGAAGUCUGCCUUGAAAAAGCUGGUCAUGGUCUUCUGGGCUUUCCUCUUCCUGCAGGGACUUCCACUCUUCUUCUUCCUCAAGACUUCAGUCAUCGGCAACUCGGUCAAGUGCCUGAGCAUCUACCAGUCAGAGCUGACCUAUCUCUACCUAGCCUAUGGCAUCUUCCUGGGGAUCUUCUGCUUCCUCAUUCCCUUUGGCAUCUCUCUGGUGUCCUACGUGAUGCUGUGGGCCUACAUUGCUAAAAUCAGUCAAGCCAAUCUCCGAGGCCAGGUAAUGAAGACUAAGUCGAAGCAGAUGAUCACCAUUGCCCUGGUCAUCUUUGCCACCUGCUUCACACCCCUCCACAUCUGUGGGUCCAUGGCUUCCAUUGUGAGAUAUUAUGGCGUGUCCUGCAAGGUUCUGUACCACAUAGAAGUCACCUAUUACAUUUCUUUGGUCUUCAGCAUGGUCAACUGUUGCUUAGAUCCCUUCAUCUACAACUUUGCCAACGAGAAAUUUCACAGGCUCUUUUCCAAUUCCCUAAGAGGAUUAUUGGUGUCCAAGUGAGAAAAUGUCCUUCGGAAAAGGAAAGGUAAAAGAUAAAACACUAUGGGGUUGUAAGUAAUGUUGGACAUUGUCAGGUGCAGGGAUGCUGACAGGAUCUGAGCCACAUAAACUGUAUGUGGAUUGUGCCAGCAAUCUAUUGACAAUAACUGCUGCUUAUAUACGUAAGUUAAUUCUGCCUAACCUACCUCACAGGGCUGUUGCAAAUAUGACGGUGGGGAGGAGAAUGUACACAACUAUGAGCAUCUGUGGGGAAAAGCAAGUUACAAAGAUAUACCACCAUUCACAGAUCAUGAAAAGGAAAAU